UCUUGGUUGAAGCUCUCUGUUCCUUCAGAGAAGAGGAGUCAUUGAUCAUACACCCGAUUCGAAGCCAUUGACGGUGAUGGUGAUAUGCUGUUGAAGGACUGAUGCGUUUCACGGCGUAACCAAUAUUCCCCGUCGACCAAUAACACCUCGGCGUUGCUUCCUGAUUCUCCACGGCAUUGGAUAUGAUGAGAUACCAGAGACUCAGCCCGGAGUGUCUUCCUCUUAGCAAUGGAAGGAAAUCCAACCUAAGAACAUGCAAGGAAGAUGAUGUUGGAGAAAACGGCAGAACAUCAAGUUGCAGCAAUUUGGAAGGGAAGGCUCUAAGAUUCAGAUCUGGAACGAGUCCUUCCAACAAUAGCCCUGACAAGAACUUUUCCCAUUUUGUCAUAGCCGAUGGUCCACCACAAUCGGAAAACCAUUCCAUCCAGAAGAACCAGAGCCACGAAAGCAGUCCCAGUCCCAGUCCCAACCGUGGAGUCGACGUUCUGUUGCAAUGGGGUCACAAUAAGAGGUCUCGUCGAUCUCGAUCGGAGAGCCGAUCGGUGACGGAUGAAUCGUCGGUGCAGGGCAGGCAAGUGAUCAAGAUCCACAGGAGACUCGUGCCUGGGUUGGAGAAACAAUCGUCUACGACGACGACAAUGCCACCGCCGCUCCCUCCGUGCACCACUGCCUCCUCUUACAUUAGGGGAGGGAACCUGCGACCUUGCACGCCCCUCCGCGAAAGCACAAGUUCUCAUCUCAGCAGAAAUUCAGAAGAUCGGUUGGUCAUUGCAAAUGGGUCGCCGUCGAGGAGCAACGGUGGAGGCAGUAGUAUAAGCCGCGGCAUACAUGCCCCUGUAUGCCGAUCCUCUCCUUCGCCGGAAAGAAGUGACAAAAUAGUUUCCUCCUCAGGCCCUGGUGCCAAGGGAGAUAAUAAGCCCAAGGGGUCAGGGUCAACAACCGCCGCAGCAGCAGCUGACCCUGUCAAUCAUCGUGUGGAAUCUGCUACGGCAGCGCCAUCAGAGCAAGAAGCAGCAGGAACAACAGCUGCGGCUGCCGGGGCUGGUGGUGUAGGGGAGAAGGUGAACUUGGAUCCAUUCGAGUGGUCCAGGAUUUAUGUCUCCCUUUCCAGGAAGGAGAAAGAGGAUGAUUUCCUCGCCAUGAAGGGCACUAAACUCCCCCAGAGACCCAAGAAAAGGGCCAAAAACAUUGACAAGACUCUGCAGUACUGUUUCCCGGGGAUGUGGCUCUCUGACCUGACGAGGGGACGGUACGAAGUCAGGGAGAAGAAAUGCGUGAAGAAGCAAAAGAAAAGGGGAUUGAAAGGAAUGGAAAGCAUGGAUAGCGACUCCGAGUAGAAGUCUGACUGGGAAAUAUAACAGAAUCCUAAGUUGCAGUGUCUUUCUCCUUCCCUACUCUC